CGGGGCUUUAAGUCGUUGAUUAGGACAGCGGCACAGCUUUCCGUCCCAACUGCCUGGCUGGCUGGCUGUGUGUGUACCUAUAGCCCCCUCUCCCCGGCUGUCACAUACACACACCGCGCGCACACACACACGCUCCCUCACAUCUACACACACACGCAGAGUCGAUCAGUGCAGGCAGCGCAGAGCCUGGUAAUUGUAUUGCUCCCUCCAAGCGGAAGGAAGGACCGAGAGAGAGAGGAAGACCGGAGAAAGAAGAGGAAGAGAGAUAUAAAAACUUUGAUUUUUUUUAAAUUUUCUUGUUUUUUUUCCCUGGAGGAGGUUGACAUGACAAUGACCCGGUAUCGCCGAUGGAGUCGGUAGGACACCCGUUAUCCGAGUGUUUUUUAAUGCACUCUGAACAAGAAAUGAACUUAUCGAAGGGUCCAUUGGUGAACAGCAGCAGUGACGAUAACUCCAAGUCAACCUAUAGUAAAUGCGGCGCUGGCGCCUGGAGGAUGCACCAGAGCUACGAUCAACUGGAGGCCAACCACAUGAGAGACGCACAUGCCCUCUACAACCCCAGGCUUCUCUGCAGAAUGUCCAGUAAGGAGCGCCACCUUGAGUCCAACUGUCCGUCCUCUUAUAUAAAGACUGAGCCGUCUAGUCCUGCCUCCCUGACUGACAGCCUAAACCAUCACUCCCCCGGUGGCUCCAGUGACGCCUCAGGCUCCUAUUCGUCCACGAUGAACGGCCACCCCAACGGCUUAGACUCCCCGAGUCUUUACGGCUCCAACGCAGGGCCCCUGGGUCCCGCUGGCGGCCCCGGAUCAAAGCGUUACGAGGACUGUUCGUCAACUAUCGGGGAAGACUCACAGAUUAAGUGCGAGUACAUGUUGAAUUCGAUGCCCAAGAGGCUGUGUCUGGUGUGCGGGGACAUUGCAUCAGGGUACCACUAUGGAGUGGCGUCCUGUGAGGCCUGCAAGGCCUUCUUCAAACGCACCAUCCAAGGCAACAUAGAGUACAGCUGUCCAGCCACCAACGAGUGCGAGAUCACCAAGAGGAGACGCAAGUCGUGCCAGGCCUGCCGCUUCAUGAAGUGUCUGACUGUGGGCAUGCUGAGGGAGGGUAAGGGAAAAGGUGUUCGUCUGGACAGGGUUCGUGGUGGGAGACAGAAGUAUAAACGCCGGAUAGAUGCGGACAACAGUCCAUACCUGAACCCACAGCUGGCUCUGCCUCCCAAGAAGCCAUUUGCCUUUGGCUGCCUUGCAGAUAACAAAAUCGUCUCUCACCUGCUGGUGGCCGAGCCAGAGAAGAUUUACGCCAUGCCUGACCCAACAGUACCAGACAGCGACAUCAAGGCCCUGACUACGCUGUGUGACCUGGCGGACAGAGAGCUGGUGGUCAACAUCGGCUGGGCCAAACAUAUCCCAGGGUUCUCUACGCUGUCUUUGGCAGACCAGAUGAGUCUACUGCAGAGUGCAUGGAUGGAGAUCUUGAUCCUACGUGUUGUGUACCGCUCACUGUCCUUUGAAGACAAGUUGGUGUAUGCUGAGGACUACAUAAUGGACGAGGACCAGUCGAAGCUAGCUGGACUUCUGGACCUGAACAAUGCCAUCCUUCAGCUGGUCAAGAAAUACAAGACUAUGAAGCUGGAGAAGGAGGAAUUUGUCGCUCUCAAGGCCAUCGCUUUGGCCAACUCAGACUCCAUGCACAUUGAAGACGUGGAUGCAGUGCAGAAGCUCCAGGAUGUGCUCCAUGAGGCCCUGCAGGACUAUGAGGCCGCCCAGCACCAGGAGGAUCCCCGCCGGGCGGGCAAGCUGCUCAUGACCCUCCCCCUGCUCCGCCAGACCUCCACCAAGGCCGUGCAGCACUUCUACAGCAUCAAGCAGGACGGCAAAGUCCCCAUGCACAAACUCUUCCUGGAGCUGCUGGAAGCCAAGGUCUGAGGACGGGAGAGUGGACGGAAGGACAGCUAGACGCCUGUCUGAAUCUCACUUUGAAUGACCUCUUGCUCUUUUACACGCACACACUCCUACACACACACACACACACAGAAAUAAGUCCCUGAAGUACGUCUGCUGACACACACACACACACCUCCCCCUUAUGAAUACACAAGUAAGCUAAACCUCUUACCUGAACCCUGAACAUCCACCGACCGUCUUUGACAGAAGGGUGCUCACUUGACCUUUUGUUUUGGGGAAAGAUGCUGACAGACUGACAUGACCCCCAUAUUACCAAGGGAAGAAGAUAUUUCCUUUUAAAACUAUUAAAAAUCACCCGACAGUUGCCACAGUGGCUCCGAACAUUGAAGAUGACAAAACUCUUAUGCAUUUAAUAACGAUUAAGAUGUUAUUAAAGACAAGCGCUUAAAUGAGGACACAUUUAGAAGAAACUGAAAACUCUUCGUUUUCGUUCUGAGAGACUGUAAGACUGCACUCGUGUCUCCUUUCCCCUCCCUAUUUCCCCCCAACAGAGUUUUUUAAGUGUUCAAGAAGAAAAACGAGUGGAGGGAAGAAAAAAAGAACACUAAAGAAGUAUUAAUGACUGUUUGUUGUCAAAUUACAUGUACAAUGAAAUUUGGAUGGAUGGACAGAAAGAAAAGAAGAGGAGAUUUGCCCUGCCAAAGAAUGGAGCUCAUCCAUUCAGAGGAUGCCAGCAAACUUUACUGUCAUAACCCCAAAACUGUUUCUGGUUUGAUCUACCGGUGGCUUUCAAUGCUGGGCCUCAAGAGUGCUGCUGGUUUUCUGUUCCACCAGUUAUUUGAAAUGGUUUCUGGUUAUUAUGAAAACCAGCAGGGCCGGGACCAGGAUUAGAAACCACUGUUGUAAACACUUUCUGGUUCUCCCUAAAUUCACCUCCUGGUUUCCCAUGACUCCCCUACUUCAACUACAACUUUACUAUUUGUUGUAUUUGACCUCGGCCUCCCAAACCUGUCAGUAUAACCAUAGAAUUUAGUGUUCGCACACUUGACAUGGCUGAAAAUGUUUCCAAAUAUUCAAACCAUUUGAGGUGCGAUUGACUGACUUUAACAAAAUAAGACGUGAUCUCUACUGUCAAGAACGGAUUCCUGCUUGUCCAACUGGUAGAUGUAGGCUCAGUCCACAUUCUCUGUAUUUAUUCUAUCAAACGCUCCUCCUGUGUUUGGACAUCUGUUCGAAACCUUUUCAGCCGCUCAGUGGCCCCGAUUUGUAGCUCUCCACACACAAGUCAGUAGAGAUUUCAGUCCGUCAUCGUGCCAUUAAGAAUAGUCCAGCCCAUGCUCAUUCCCCAAACUCCAAAAACCUGCAAAGUGUCACUUCAGUACUCCCCUCCUUGCUCUGUUUCAUUCACAACUUCCAGCUCAUCUCUUGCGUCAGCACAGAGAUCUUUUAGUGAUUCAUUCAGGGAGUGACGGGGGCGCUUCAGUCACUCAACGCAAUACAAACCAGAAGGAAAGGUGUGCUGACGAAACUGACUGAAGAACAACUACUGUUGCUUUCAAAGUCCUUGCUUUUUUCUUUAUUUCUAUCUUGAAAAUAAUCUUAGCGAUGAAACCAGUAUUAGGGUUGUAAAUAACUGUCAUCCUGUAUAUGACAUAUAACACGGCUUUGUUUUUUGUUAUUAAUAUUGUCUUCUUAAAACU